AUUAGGUCGUUCGGCGCCUCGUAUGUAAAGAUGAUUUUCAAGGUGCUUAGUAAUGUUGGGCGCUACUUCAAAUGUUCAAGCCUCAGACUUGGAUGUAGACCUCUGUGUAGUAGUCAAAAAUUGGUGUUCGAUCCAUCUGCAAAGAAGAAGCAGCGUAUGCGAUCAACAUUCGUUGAAGAUCCUCAUAUUUAUGACUACAUACGUGAAGAGGUUGCUAGUCGCCUAGCUGAUCGACUGAGUGACAUAUCAAGGCAAUUCGACGUGGCUUUAGAUAUCGGUUGUGGUCGAGGUCAUUUAUCUCAGUUUAUUACCUCGGACAAUGUUGGUGUUCUCUACCAAUUAGAUGGUUCAUCUGAGAUCUUGGUAUGUCUAACUUUUUUUUCAAGUUGAUUUGAAGCCAUUAUUUACAAAGAUAUUUGUCAAAUGAAGCUUCUAUUUUGUUGGUUAAAGGUAAUAUAUGAUGCAUUGGUUAAAUGUUAAUUCAGUUUCUAAUGCUAAUAGUCUUAUUUACGGUAAUAAUAAGUCAGAAUUUACGAAAUUUCAACUUUUAUGGGGUAAUUCAACCAAAGUUCUGUGAUAAGUUGCUCUACAUUGUCAGAUUACGGAUAUAUGCUAAUUAUUUUGGUUUAAUAAGCGUAUAAAUCAUAAAAGUAGCGUUUAAUUAUAUAUAUAUAUAUAUAACGAAGAUCCUUAUCAGAUAUUUGUUGAUAGUAUCAGUUUAUGAAAGGAAAGCGUUUAGUUCAAGUUGAAUUUUAUUUUAUGUCUUCAAUUCUAUUAAAAAAUUUGGAUUAUAUCUUAUAUGAAGUGGUUUUGUUCCGAAACGUUCUAUGUGAUUUUCGAAAACCCCAAAACGCGUUCUAUCUCCCUUGUUAUGUGGUAUAACAAUGAAUAAUAUUGAGGUUAGCUGCAUAGUGCUAAGUAAGGAGGGCAAGUCAGUCAGUGAGGUUGUGAAGAUGUAUCGAUGGAGAUGGCUAGAACACACCUAAAGCAUGACGAGCGAUUGCCUUCCUUGUUGAACAACGUUAGGUGACAUAGGAUCAAGUGGCGAAAUAGUCUGGAAUGGUCAAAUAAAAAUAUGGCAUCAAUCCAUGAAGUCUUCAACUGUUGGUUUAAGCUACAAAGAGAGAUACAGUUAGCUUAGUUGUAAUCCUGGAGAUAGUAACAACCAGUAGCUUGAGACUAUUGGUGACAUGGCUUAAAAUCGUUCUUAAUGACUCAGGUGUAUUCACUGUUUUAAUCUCCCAGAUCUAUUAAGUCCUCAUGUUUCUUCAUGUAAUUAUUGUUUAUCCCAUAAAUUUUUGCUUAUUAUAGUUCGUUUUGGGUCUCUUUUCUUCCUCUUUUUUGUCUACCUUUGUAUGCUACAUAGAUUGUGGCAUUUUUUUCUACUGCUGCACCUCUGUGCAAAGUUCUUUGUUGAAACUCAGUCACCCACUUUAAGAGUCGUUUUAUUUUAACCAUUACAUUCAAUAAAUUCAUUAUUUCACAAAUUUAUCAUUUCACUUCUCUUUGAUUAUGGUUAAUAAUAUCAUAAAACCGUAAUAUAACACAAAAAUACUACAUUUGUGUUAUUUCCAUUGGUUUCUAAAUUUGUCUUUAUUCUUCAAUUUCUUUCAGAAACAGGUAUUACCACCCGCAGAUGUUCCCACAUAUAGCAUUCAUUGUCCUGAAAAUGUCCUACCCUUCCGACCAAACACUUUGGAUUUGGUUCUAAGCUCUAUGAGCCUCCAUUGGAUAAAUGAUCUACCCGGUUUAUUAAAACAAAUACUGACAUGUUUACGCAAUGAUGGAUGCUUUCUAGGUGUAAUGCCAGCAACUGACACGUUGUAUGAACUGCGUGUAUCUUUACAAUUAGCUGAAUUAGAAAGAUUAGGCGGUAUCUCAUCACAUAUUAGCCCAUUUGUUGACAGUGUGGACAUGGCUGAUCUACUACAAUCUGCUGGAUUCAAUUUAAUAACAUUAGAUGCUGACGAGUUGGUAAUUCAUUAUCCUAAUAUGUUUGCACUUAUGAAUGAUUUACGGUGUAUGGGUGAAUCAAAUGCAGUUGUACAUAGACCGUUACGCUUGAAUCGUGACGUUCUUCUCGCUGCCUCAGUAAUAUAUGAUGAAAAAUUUGGUGUUCCUCGCGUUGGCGGAGAAGAGAAUGAACGUUGUAUCCCGGCGACCUAUAGACUUUUAUUCUUUAUUGGCUGGAAACCUGAUCCGUCUCAAAGUAAACCACUUCCUCGUGGAAGUGCACAGUAUUCUUUAAAAGAUCUUCACCGGAUUGAUGAACUAGCUAAAUUACAUUUAAAAAAGUGAACAAUUUCUCUAUUCUAUAAACUACUGCCAAUUGUAAUAUGAUAAUUUGACAAAUAUGUAAAUAUAAAUAUGUACAUACUAUUUUGCAUCUUAUGCAUUGUUCAUUUCUUUACUUUA